CUGGUAGAACUUCAUGUUACAUAUUCUGAAAAAAAAUGUACAUUAAUUAUUCAAGAAUUAUUCGGUUUAAUUAUGAAGUUAAUAAAAUCAUUAAAAGUAAUGUUUAUGUUUUGUUACAUUUGUUAUAUAAAUAUUUAUGUUUGAGACAUUGAAUAUUAAAUAUUUAUAUUUAAUAUUUUUUAUAACGAAUUUAUUAAAAACAAUGAAAAGAUCAAACAUGCAUGGAAAAUUGAACGUAUUCGGAUUAUUAUUGAUUCUCGUGCAAUUUUCAUAUCAGGUGAAUAUACAGAACUCAACGGAUUACUAUACUGCAGCUGUGGUAGAAUUUACACCAACUUAUGUCAAAGAUAAUGGCCCAUUAACAUUGUCAAAAAAUACAGAUGCAUAUAUCGAAUAUAUUGAAAAAGCAAGUAAACAGAAUGCUGAUAUUAUCGUUUUUCCGGAAGAUGGAUUGACAUCACUUCAUAUGCCUAAUAGAUCACAUAUGGAUUCUUGGACAACAUUAGUUCCUUCCAUUCAUGAUAAUUAUGUUCCUUGUACAGAUACAAAUAUCGAUGUCAGCGAAACAUUAAAAAGAUUAUCAUGUGCUGCAAAACAAAAUCGCAUUUACGUAGUAAUAAACAUCGCUGAAAAACGACUUAACAAUGAUGAAUGUUUUUCGAAUCUUACAUGGCAUUAUCAUAACACUAAUGUCGUGUUUGAUCGAAUGGGAAAGAUAAUUGCUAGAUAUCGCAAAGUAAAUCUUUAUAUGGAAAAACAAUUCGAUAAAACCGAGAUACCAGAAAUUGUAACUUUUGAUACUGAUUUUGGAGUGAAAUUUGGUACCUUUAUAUGUUUUGAUAUAUUAUUUUCGGUACCAGCUUUAAAUUUAACAAGAACAUUAGGAAUUUCAAAUAUUAUAUUUACCACUGCCUGGUUUUCGGAAGUACCAUUUUUAACUGCCGUUCAAACUCAAUUCGGAUGGUCUUUUGCUGAGAACGUAAAUUUACUCGCGGCUGGAUAUCAUCAACCAAAUAUAGGAACUCUGGGAAGUGGUAUUUAUUUAGGUCGUAAUGGAUUAAUCAACGCUACUAUGUUUAGUAAUCCCAAAUAUCGUCUUUUAAUAUCUCAAGUUCCAAAAUCAACUAAACCCAGAGAAAUUGAAAAGAGACAAAUAGUACAAAAAUUAAGAAAAGAAAAAAAGGAAAAUCAAAGAAUAAAAAAAUAUAUUACACGCUAUAAAACAUUCGACUUUUACAAGCCAAAGAAAGGAAAUAUUCUUAAUUCGAUAAAAUUAUUACAUGAUAAUGUUACAUCAUUUGAAUCUGUUCUGUUUAAUAAGUCGAUAAUUCAAAGUAUUUGUUAUCGUAAUUUUUGUUGCGAUUUUGAAGCUCAUAUUGAUACUAUUAAUUUACCAUCGAUUCAUUAUCGUGCAGUAGUUUUUGAUAAUGUUCGAUUAUAUGGUAAAGAAGUAGAAGCUGGUGUUCGUCUAUGUGCUUUGAUUCAAUGUUCCAAUGAUUCAAUUCACUCUUGUGGUUUCAUUGGUCAAUCUAAUAUAACUUUUUUUGCUUUAAGCAUUACGGCACGAUUUAAUGAUUAUUCAAAAAUUUUGGUAAUGCCUAGUGUACUCAAUUCCUCACUCCUUCCUUUCGAACAAUGGUCAUAUAUUGAACAUACAUAUGGGAAACAAACAAAUGUAACUAUUGUUUUAAACGAACCAACACAAAAUAUUGUUACUUUUGGUAUAUAUGCUAGAGAUUUUGAAAAAGACAAAUAGUAAUUAAAUUAAUUUUAACAAUUAAAUUUAUUAUUUUUUUUUUGUUUGAAAUUUUUUCUUUUCAAAGUAAUGUUUCUAUAAAAAUAGUAUGCAAUGUUAUGAAGAUAUGUAUUAUAUAUAAUAUGUUUCAACUUUGUUAUAAAAUGAUUAUUUGUAUUGAUACACAAAAAUAGCAGAGAGAUGAAUUAUUUGGUCAAAAAAAUAAAAAAGAUUUUUUUUUAAGUCA